AUGGCGACCUUUAUGAAAUCAACUGAGGAUGUUAGUUUCUCCUCGGCGGUUAGUGAAAGCUAUAACGUUACUGCGGACGGUAUAUUCAUCAUGAAGCGUACAAAGGAAGAUCAGACUACCGCAGAGAAAAAUAGCCUCAAAAGUAUUGAAGAUGGAAAGCAGUUAGACGAUUCUGACGAAGACCCAGCCGUCUCGGAAGAAAUAUUAUCCGCUCAGAGCUCCACUUUAAACCUUCAUUCCAACCUCGCGUCCUGGAAAUGUGACAGGAGAAGUAGUAAUUUCCAAGUAAGUCUUCCAACUGAAGAUAGAGACUCAAUUUUUCAGUUUGUUCUUGACACACUGGAGACAGAAAUGGAUUCAAUUAAUGACAACGAUGAAUUUGUGAAAAUGCUUAAGGAAAAUAAUUUUAAUGACUUGAAAAUAAACAGCGUCCCAAUUGUCUCAAACUACGGCUCGCAAUCUGCAUCUACUACCGAAAGUAAGGGAUCUAGAUUCAGAAAAAAGAUAACAUGGCUAUUUCAAGGAGUGAACGAAACCAGAGAGAGUACCAAACCAAUAUUCGAGAGUUUCAAUUAG